UUUUCAAACUCAUUUUUUUCCCACCUAAAAUUGCAACACCAAGGUGACACAAAAAAUAAAACAUUCGCUGCAAAUUCCAGCGUGUUGGGGGAAGCGCACGCUUUUUCAGCGACCAAUAGAAUCAUCAAUAGACCGUUAUAUUAAAAAGGUGAGAACGCCACACCACGUUGUUUGUCUUUGACAGUGAGUGAGAGAGAAGAAGAAGAUGGGUCGUGUUUCGGGUUUUGCCCUUCUCGUUGUUUUUCUUUUCUUGGUAGAGAAUGAACGAAGCUCUGGUUUACCCACCAAAAUUCAAUCAAACGAUCAUCAUUUCGAGGAGGAGGAGGAGAGAGGAUUGAACCAGGACAAAAGAGAGCACAUCCGUCAGAUUUUGUUGCUUGCUGCGAAGGAGAUCAGAGACGAAGACAUCAUCCAAGUCCUGAAGAAAUCGCUGAUCCUGCGAUUGAAGAUUUGUUUCUCGUCACCUCUUCCCAGUCUACCGCCCCAACACGAUCUUAGAAUAUUCCAUACAGGAGGCGAGACACACGACCUUGAGGAAGCGAGGGACGAAGGACUUUCCCCGGAUCAAAAGCACAGUCUGCGCAAGAUUCUACAGGAAGCUUUGGAACAUAUCGAUGAAGAAGAGGUCUUGGAUUUCCUCAAAUCCUCCUUCUAUUUUAGACUGCUGUUUUGUUUAUAUAAUCCUAUAGAGGGUCCCUACCCUGAACCAGGUCCAUCUUCGGGUGGACAUGAGAACAAGCCGACCCCGAAUCAAAGACCAGAUGGCAAUGUGAGAUCACCCACCAACGGAUCUGAUACAAAUCAGCCAAACUUAGUCGGCCCCAACCCAAGUCCAGCAGAACCAUUAAACAAAACUAAAACCACACCGAUAGCCGGCAGAAAUGUCCCUAACGAGGACAAAGGAAAUACCGAAAAUGACAUGCCCGAUCUUCCUGAAGUAGCGCUUAAAAAUGCCAUCGCUUCAAUUUCGGGUUGGAAUGAGAUUCGUGAUCCAGAUGUUGACGAUCUCCCCCUCGAUGAAGAGACCGAGGUGAAUCGUGACAGCUCUCAGUUCUUGGUUAAUGGGCACGAUCCCUCAGUACAGACAGCCGAACUUGAAGGAUUAAAAAUGCGCGGUGGCCUUGAGAAAACGAGCUUAGCGGAGUCGCGCGACAUGAUGGAACUAUUACAGUCCCUCCCCAACGGCAAAGAAUCGACCACGAUGGAGGAGUCCGACGAAGGCAAUGACGGAGCAGUCGGUGAUACUUUGGAUGGAGUCGGAAAAGCGGCUUUACGAGCAGAAGAGGGUCUGACGGCGAAUAGUGACGAAGGCGAGUUUCAAAGCGUGAUAAGGAUCGACUAUGACGCCCUUGCAGAUGAAGAGGAGGAGACUGGGCCCGGCGGAGUGGACCCCAGUCUGAUUGAGCCAAAUGAACAGCUCUCGUUAUAAAUCUUGCAACAUUGCUGAACGUUGAAGUUUUUACAUAAGGUGGACAGACGUUGAUUUAAGUAAUUGCUUCAGAAAAGUAUGAAUUUAUUAUAUCCUACGUGUUCGAGAGAAAUUUAAUAAGCUUGAUUAAAAUCACUUAAAUGCAAAGUCUUGAUGUGUUAACUUGUUAAUUUAUUCGCCUAGUUCUAAUUUUUCGCGCCGAGCUUUCGUCAGUGCUCUAGCAGAGCAGCUGGCUGGAUAGAUCUAUCAACCUAAAAUACAACAAAAAUAACACAUGAUUUCAUAGAUUGAUAUAAGCUUGUAAGCAUAAAUUUUCUAUGUUCAAAUAGUCAGCAAGGUGUGUCAAAGGUGACUACAGUGGAACCCUGUUAAAACGACCACCUUCGGACCAUGAAAAACUGGUCGUAUUAACGGGGUGGUCGUAUUAAAGGGGUUCUUUAAAUAAGAAAAUGACUGACUGAGCUUUUUUUU